AUGUUAAAGACUUCUUUACUACUAGCGCUAUGUGCAACUUUCGCCGCGGCUGAUUUGCAGCGCAUACCGAUCUAUAGGAAUCCCAACUACCAGAGAACACCCGCAAACUCCGCGGCCGAGGCGGAAAUCGUGCGCGCCAAAUAUGCGCUGGACGCAGUCACCACCACAAGCAAUGCAAGUGUAGGCCAUGAAACACUAACCAAUCAAGCCAAUAAGCAAUAUUAUGGACAAAUUACGAUCGGCACACCGCCACAGGAUUUCCUCGUUUCCUUCGAUACCGGCUUCUCCAACUUGUGGGUGCCUUCGGUCAAAUGCAGCGCCUGCAGUCAAACGUGUCUUAGCCAACAAAAAUACAAUUCUAGCGCGUCCAGCACUUACGUUGCCAACGGUACAGGCUUUUAUAUGGACUAUAGUCAAGGCGGCGUAAUUGGUUAUCUCUCUCAGGACACUGUACGCGUGGCUGGUAUAGUUGUGGAGAAUCAAGUUUUCGCCGAAAUCGUAACUGAGGUUGAUGACUCGUUUACUCAACUGGGUUUUGACGGUAUCUUGGGUAUGGGCUUUCCAACGCUCGCAGUGGACGGUGUUACGCCAGUGUUCAACAAUAUGUGGUCGCAAAAGUUGGUGGAACAGGAAGUAUUCUCAUUAUAUUUCGCAACAAAUGGCUCCUCUGCGCAAGGCGGUGAACUUAUAUUGGGUGGCUCAGACACAUCGCGUUACCAAGGCAACUUGAACUAUGUUCAACUCACGAAGAAGGAUCGUUGGCAAAUCAAAAUGGAUACUGUGCAAUUCGGUGAACGUCUACUAUGCAAGGAUGGUUGUGAAGCUGUUGUAGAUACUGGCAGCAGUGUAAUACUUAUGCCUGAUGGCGCUUACAAGCUUUUCAUGGAAGUUUUCGCAAAUUCCACACAAUCUUUGCCGGAUAUGGUAUUUGUGAUUGGCGGCACGAUCUAUGCACUUCCUUCAAAUCUGGUCGACGUUCAAAAGAGUACCACGGAUUAUUGGAUUUUGGGAGACUCUUUCUUGAGUGGAUUUUAUACCGAAUUCGAUAUGGCCAAUAAACGUAUUGGAUUGGCAACGCUGGCUUAA